AUGCCCACAAUGACGUCAUCAUGGCUCAGCAGCCAGCUGGCGCACGGCGCUAAGAUCCACGUGCGCCAUCAGAGCAGCGGCUUCUGGUGGCGAGCGGCGGACGGGAAGACAUGGAAUGGCAGUGUGGCGACCAGCAGCGAUUUUGACCAGCCAGACGUCUCUCAAGCUCUCACGGUCAUUCGCGUCAGCGCCACCACGAUCAAGCUACAGACCCCCAACAGCACGUUUCUGUGCAAGGCCCCGCCCUCCCCACCCAACGCAUCAUACCCGAGAGGGGUGCUCGCCACCACAGCAGACGCCACUGAUCCCCUGGCCACCUUCACCAUCAUCCCCAUCCCCAACUCCCGUAGAGACAGCACCUUCUCUGCUGAUGCUGUUGCUGCUGGUACUGCUGGUGCUGGUGCUGUUGGUUCAGGCACUGACAGCAGCAAUAGCAGCAGCAGCAGCACUGGCAGCACGGGCAGCACAGGCAGCACGGGCAGCACCAGUGGCAGUGAUUAUCUAGGGUUAAUUGCCCUGGCAAGUGCGGACGGGUAUUACCUGUCCAUGGGGGAGGUGGCUCCUGAGUUUGUUGACGUGGUAACCACGGGCGACCCGGCAGCAGGAGCGGGCGGCGACGAGUGGCUGGAUGUGCGCGAGGUGAUGACGGUGCCCGCCGUCCGCGGCGUGAAUCUGGGCGGCUGGCUGGUGGGCGAGGAGUGGAUGAACCCGAGAACGUUCAAGUACAUGGCGUGGGGGGAUGGCACACGGGUCACAUUCCAGUCCACCACCACAGACAUGUACAUCAGUGCAGUCAGCACGGGCGCAGACGCUAAGCUGGAGUGUAACGCGGCAGCGGUAACAGUGUUACAGUACUUCCAGCUCCUCACCGUGCCAGGCGCUGCAGAGAACGUCCGUCAGGUGGUGGGGCAGAUGGGGCAGUACUGGGGCGUGUAUACAGGCGCUACUACAGUGUGGACGAGGGACAACAAGUCGCAGGGCAGCAGCAACGCCUUCACGCUGCUGCUGCUGGAAGCGCAGCUGACCAGAGACACGCCCAUGAAUGACUCUCUCAGAGUCAUGAUCCAGGCGCCCAACGGCCAGCUGCUGCAGGCGCACGAGGACGGCACUCUAACAGCCGACUACAGCGCCAACGCCACCAAUGAAACGCUCUGGUCGGGGCCAGCAGUGUUCUUCAUGGAUCUGGUGAGCACAGUGCAUGGUGACUGGCAAGCAGCAUACACAGCAGGGCCAGAUCAAGCAUCGUCCCUCUUUGACUCAGUGCACUCGAAGCUGAUCACAGAGCUGGACUGGCAGGACAUGAAGACAAGAGGGGUGAACACUGUGCGCAUCCCCAUCCCCUACUGGAUCGCCCAGGAAGACCCUGCCUUUUCCUUCUCCUCCCCUGCUGGUGAUACCGGCAGCAACAGCAGUAGCGGUGACGGCUCCAGCAGCAAUGAUAGUAGCAGCACUUUUGAGACGUCUCAAAGCAGCAAUGAUAGUAGCAGCACUCCCGCUGCUGCUACUCCAGGAGUGCCAGAGUUUCCCUACCCGCCGGGUGCUCUGGCGCAUCUAGACUGGGCGUUUGAAAUGGCGGCUAAGUAUGGGCUGAGGGUCUGGCUGAGUGUGCAUGUGGCUCCUGGGUCGCAGAUCGGAGCAGCGUUUUCGAGAGACGGGUUGAUCCGAUGGUCCGGAUUGAACGUGGAUCACACGCUCGAUUUUGUCCGUUGGGUCGGCGACAGGUUCGGAGGGAACCCAAGCCUGUUUGGCGUGGGGCUGCUGCACGAGCCUGUCGCCCCGUCGUACUAUGGAGUAUUGGGUGUAGACGGGGAUGAGCUGAGGGAAUACUACAGAAAAGCACAUGAUCUUAUAAGGGAGCGGUGCGCGUGCUGCUUCAUGUCGAUCGAGGGCCGUGUGGGGAAGAGCAUGUGGGACGUGGCGUUUCACAUGCUUGACACGUGGCACCCCAAUGUGCUGUAUGAAACGCACCUGUAUGACGUUCUGGCGGGCGUCCCGGUGGCUACCAGGAAGCUUCCUCAGCUUGUGGAGUUGGAGAUUGGAGAGCAGCGGAGCAACAAGCCGAUGCUUCUUGACAGCGCGCAGAGUAUAGGGCGGUCCAUUCUGGUGGGCGAGUUUGGAGUGGCGAUGGCGAGCAUGGGCCCCACAGAGGAGCAGCAGAAGGAGUUCACUCUCGCGCAGAUGCAGGCGCUGGGGCAUGCUCAGGCAGGAUGGUUCUUCUGGGCCUGGAAACUCAAUGUCACCGGCAAGGCCAAGUGGCAGUUUCCUCUCAGCAUGGCCAUGGGCUGGUUACCUAAAAAAGAUGAUGGAAAUUGGUAUUAA